CGCCGCGGACGGAGGGAGGGAGCCGGGCGGCGCGGCCGAGCGGGCCAUGGCGGAGAGCUCGGACUGGGUGGAGAUCAUCGAGCCCCGCUCUCAGGAGCGGAUGUAUGUCAACCUGACAACAGGCGAGUGUGGCUGGGACCCCCCUCCCAACUUGAAGGUUCGCCAGUCAGAUCAGAAGCAGUGGUGGGAGCUCUUCGACCAAAACAACAACCGCUUCUACUACUACAAUGCCAUCACACGGCAGACGGUGUGGCACCGGCCCCAAGGCUGCGACAUUGUGCCCUUGGCACAGCUCCAGGCCAUGAAACGGAGCUCCCGGUCGGACUGCCAGGGUCGGCAGCACAGGGGCAGCACCAGCAGCGACGGCAGGAACACCCCAGUCCAGAUGGCCCUGCUACAGGAGAUGGAGAAGGGCAAAGGGGACUGCACUGCGGAGAAGAGGCCGGACACUGGGAGGGAGACACCUACCCACUGGCAGCCUCUGCCUGGCACAAAAGCAGCCAUGUUGGUCAAAGUGAACAGUUUAAGGCAGGUACAGGGUUCUUCAAACAGUUCGCUUCAGCUGCAGAACACCCCAGAAGCCAACAGCCAAAAAUCUCUUCCAAAACCAGCCAUAUAUGCUCAGCCUCAGUCCACAUCCCAGAGCCCUGGUGCCACAAAGCAAGCGCCUGUAGAAGAAGCAAAACAGUCGAUGCAGAUCAAAAAGACAGAGAAUGGUGGGUUUUGCUUAGUGCUGAUGAAUGGUCCAACUUCUCAAACACCUCCAAGGAGUCAGACAGGAACUCCCCAGCCUGCAUCCCCCAAGUAUGCUUGCCCUGCACCUAUAUACGAUGAGCCAUCUUUAGAGUCUCCGAUUUAUGAUGAGCCUCCAGUAGAUAUGGACACUGAAAGUGUCAACAUGAAUGGGAUGUCUCCACCAGUGUCGCCAAGCAAUAGCUUAAAAAAGCAGCUCCAACCAACCAAAUUAUUACAGCAUCCAAGUACGCAACAGCAGCAAGCUGCAAAGAAACAUGCAAGAAAUCCUUCUUCCACUGAAUACAGCCCAGCUGGCAGAGAAUACAUAAAACAUAUGAUCAAUGUUGACCAAUCGUCCAAACUUCCUCACUCUUCUGCUGCAACAGCUGAGGCUUCUGUUAAACUGCCUGGUCAGCUUACUUCAAAGGACAGCUUCAAGCAGUCUUGGAGGAUCUUGGAAGCCAAUGUCCUCAAGAACAUGGAAGCCCACCAUAGUAGGCAGAACAGUCUGCAAGCUCAAGAGUACCCAACUGCUAUAAGCCAUCAGGAUUCUGGUUAUUCAACUGGCCCUUCCCCAAGCUUGAGAAAAAGGAAAGGAAGGAGGCAAGGGACAGGUCAAGGAAGACCUGGCUCUGUGGGCAGCAGCAGCGAGCUCACAGCUUUGAAUGAUAAGUUGAUUGCUGAGAUGCGUGCUGUGGUGGGCAGGUCAGCAGCUUGCAGAGGAAGCAAAGCCAGCCUUGAUGCUGAAACUCUGGAGAGUGGCAUCCCAGCAGAGAGCAGCAAAGUCAGAUUUCAGUCUGACCACUUGAAAAAAUGCGUCAGCCGGAGCUCAAGGGACGAUGUCUCAGCCAGUAACAGGUCUCUGUAUAGGCAGGGCCUGGAGAGCAGAGGUGGCUUUCCCAAUGACACAGCUACUCCACAGGACUCAUUGAGACAGAAGAGGACCUUUGAGAAAAUAGAUUCUUUAGAAAAGAAUGUCACCAGCCAGACAAGUUUGGCUUCAUCAGAUGCUACACAUCACUCCUCUCAGCCUGGGACAAUAGAGUUGGACCCCAAGCCAGAGAGCAGCAGUCAGCCUGGCAGCUGUGUAGGAUAUCAUUUCUCUUACAAUACUCUACGGAAGCCCAUCUCUCAAAGCAGCAUGGCAGACUGGGCUUCUAAAAACCUGAACAUGCACACUCAGGGCAUCUUCCGCCGAAGGAUCUCCAUCUCCAACAUGCUCUCCUGGAAUGGUGGCUCUAUCAAAAAGCCAAUGCUCAUCACUAGCAACCGCACCAUCAAAAAAGAAGCCUGUGAGAUGUUCAAACUGGUGCAGAGCUACAUGGGAGAUCGUCAGACUCGCAUGGAUCGGAAUCAUGUGGCAUUGGUCACAGUCACCAAGUGCUGGAGCAUACAAGGUUUACGGGAUGAGCUCUAUAUACAAUUGAUCAGGCAGACAACAGAUAAUACGUGCUACCAGAGUCUGGCGUGGGGCUGGGAACUGAUGGCCAUUAGUCUGGCCUUCUUCUCUCCAUCACCCAAAUUCCAGUCUUAUCUGGAAGGUUACAUCUAUCGUCACCUUGACAACGAUGAAAACAUUGCACAGCGUAUCAAGGAGCUUACGGAUCUGAAAAACAAGAAGAACUCAAAAUCCAGGAAAAAGAGGAAACAAAAUACUGAAGAUGAAGGUCUGCCCAUCAGCACCUAUGCCAAAUACUGCUACCGGAAACUCCAGAAAGUAGCUGUCACUGGAGGCAAAAAGGGCCUCCGUAAACCAACAGUAGAAGAGAUAACACAUGCCAGAAAUGCCAUCUUGACACCAUCACUCUUCGGCAGCUCUCUGGAGGAAAUCAUGUUACGGCAGCAGGACAUGUAUCCGGGUAAAAAGCUGCCUUGGGUACAAACGCAGCUGUCGCAGCAGGUCCUGGCAUUAGGAGGAGAACAGACUGAAGGGAUUUUCAGGAUACCUGGUGACAUAGAUGAAGUUAAUGCAUUGAAACUGCAGGUGGAUCAAUGGAGAAUCCCAAGUGGCCUCAGUGACCCCAACAUCCCAGCCUCUCUUCUCAAGCUGUGGUAUCGGGAACUAGAGGAGCCCGUAAUCCCCCAGCAGUUCUACAAAGAGUGCAUCAGCAACUACGAGAACCCUGACGCUGCUGUGGCCGUGGUGCAGCUUUUGCCAGAGCUCAACAGACUGGUCCUGUGUUACCUCAUACACUUCCUGCAGAUCUUUGCUCAGCCAUCGAAUGUGGGCAGAACAAAGAUGGAUGUGAACAACCUGGCCAUGGUGAUGGCCCCCAACUGCCUGCGUUGUCAGUCUGAUGACCCUCGGAUUAUCUUUGAGAACACACGCAAGGAAAUGUCCUUCCUUCGCAUGUUGAUAGUGCACUUAGACACGAGCUUCAUCAAAGGGCUGGUUUGAGGUGCUAGCCCUUGAGGUGCAAGAUGUUGCUCUGAGGAGUUGCUGGGUGUCUGAUGUCUUCUCCCCUCCACUUAGAUUUCUUCCAUUGUCCUUGCUGUUGUCACACUCUGGGUUAGCCCUGAGCAUCCCCCAACAUAUGAGGACAGGGACUAGACAAUCCUGGAAGGCUUGGGCUAUUCCACAGUAGGACCAAGAAGUCCUUGGACAUGCCAGGCCAGAUACAGUCAUUCCUGGCCCUCUUGUGUAUGUCAGAGCGGGCAGCCCUCCUCCUCAGAGCUGCAGGACUACUUGCUCCUUGAAAGGACUGUGACAUCCAUGAGAAACUGCUACCUGGGGCCAGGAAACUCUCCUGUUUCUCUUCUGGGGGCAGAAUUGGCUUCAGGUAGGAGGACAUCACUCCCGUGCUAUGGCAUGAGCAGGUCCUAGGGGAGAUACUGGGGAUAACUCCGCUGGUGUGGAGACAGCCUGGUUCACUGCUGCAGACUGUUCGCUGGGAGUUUUAGGAUAGUUCUGGUGGCCCUCGAUGCUGUUGGAAGAGGGUUGUGAAGGUGCAGAGUCUUUGAGUCUCUGCUGCUGGGUGGUGGACAGGCAGACAGUCCAUGGUUGGGACCUCAUACUUAAGCAUCCACUCGCCUUCUUUUUUAGAUGGCCUUGAAGCUAUACAGCCCCUGUGGCUGACAUGGAGAUGGGUCACUGUAUAGUACAGACAAGCCCUGUGCUGAGCUAAGCCAGCAUUCACUCACACUGUGGGGCCUGAGGACAAGGGAAGGACCAUGCACUACGUAACAAACAGAUACAACAGCCUCUUUGGCAUCCUCAAUAGAUGUCAAAAGAGCUCAGAGAAGCCUCCAUGGCUCCUGCACCCUCCUUUUCUGGCACCAGGUAUAAAAGCAUGUUAGAACUCUGCUGAGCUUGGCCAGCCCCAGCCAGGAGCUCCUUCACAGAGAGCUCUGCCAGGAGCUGAAUACCAGCUUUGCCGACUGUCCUGGUUUGUCCCAGGCAUGGAGACAGCAGGAAAGACCCUUGACAGUGAGAAGCUCUACUGUGUUCAGAUAUGCCCUUCCAGGCAGAGCAGUAACUUUCCCACCUGCUUGUGCCCAGAGUCAACAGUGGCACCCUGUUCUUCCUACCAAAAUCACUGGAGUUGCAGAGGGAUCAAGAAGUAAAGGGAAGGGAAGAGGAAGGUCUGAGCAUCUGAUGUGCUGUGGGGCCUGCACAGGGAUGGUGUCAGCCAGGCAGCUCCGUGUCCUCAUUUGCUGUUAAAUGCCUGAGACUUUCUGUGUGCCACCAAGAACAUACAGACACAGCAAGGAGAGUAUCUUUGGGAGGUACCGCACAGAUUUCCCCACAGCCUCCAAAUACUGUUGCAUGUUCCGUAGCAAGCAGCAGCUUCUAAUUUUGUGAUAUCCUGGUGACUCUUCUUUUCCUUUAAAGCAUUUUCUCUGCUGGAGGCAGGUCUGCUGCAAGGCUGAAGUUGUGUGUUGGGAUUGUUCAUACAACACUAAGUCUGCUGGUAGCAUCCAAAGUUGCAUUAAUGUUUCUACAUCCUAUGUCAAGUGGGGACAUGGGAUCACCCUCUCCUGAUUGCUGUGGGGAGCUGAGCCCUGCCAGCAGUCAGGUUUAAAGAUUGAUAUCUGACCCAAAGGGUCAGGCACAAAGUGCCAUAUGUACAGUUGUGCCUUGAACCUGCUAGCAUUUCAGUGUGUGUAAACGGGGACUUUCAGAGCACAGGUUUGUUCUGAUGGACUCUUUGGCAAGAGUUCAGUUUGUGCCUGGCUGAACCAAGGAUCAUGGUUCCUCUAAUUGUACUAGAUCUGUCUGUGGUCCAGUGGGCCAGGAAAUCUUGCUCCUUUAUCAGGAUUAGCUCUGUCAAACAUGCCAACAAAAAUGUGCCAGUAUCUGCUUCACACAUUCAUCCUGUCCCAGUGCUCAGCUCAUUUGGCCUUCUGAAGCACUGAACAAUUUAUACUUAGGGCGUGGGGGUACAUUCCCAGAAAUGUAGAGACAGCAGGGGGGGUUACCAGCUUUGCCAUGUUUUCUUGAGAUUUGAAUUGUUGAACAGGCUCAGGGUGCCAUGUCCUGGGCCCACAUGGGCUGCAGCAGCCAUGUGGUGCCUACUCCCCUUCUAAGUCUGCAAAUGCAUGUGCCUGUGUCUGGGCCUAGCCUGCAGGUGGCCACCACGUAGGUGAACCAUGCUAUCCCUUGCACUUAGCUGUAGCAGGCAAUCAACCCAUAGGCAUUUGCUGCUAUUGCAAAUGAAUGCUUCUUGCCAGGGCUGUAAAAUAGGCUAAGGAAUUACACUGGAUACUAUUUUCUUUUUCUGCCAACAGAUUUGUAAAUAUAAAUCAGUAAAGCAGCCUCUCUUCUGUUAUAAUAAUAAAUAUAAUCUCCAUGAU